AUGAAUGCUGAGGACACAGGCAAAUUAUUCCCGGGGAAAGGAAUCCCAAGAAUUGUAAAAGUUACGUGUAGAGAGUGUGGACAAGGCUUUAGUGCUAAGGCAAACCUUAUCACACACCAGAGGACACACUUGAGGGAAAAGCCCUAUGUCUGCAGGGAGUGUGGAAGAGGAUUUAGCCUGAAGUCAGUCCUCAUUAUACACCAGAGGACACACUCAGGGGAAAAGUCGUAUGUCUGUAGAGAGUGUGGACGAGGCUUUAGUAAGAAAUCAAACCUCAUUAUACACCAGGGGACGCACUCAGGGGAGAAACCCUAUGUCUGCAGGGAGUGUGGGAGAGGUUUUAGUCAGAAGUCAGUCCUCAUUACACACCAGAGGACACACUCAGGGGAGAAACCCUAUGUCUGCAGGGAGUGUGGACGAGGCUUUAGUCAGAAAUCAAACCUCAUUACACACCAGAGGACACACUCAGGGGAGAAACCCUAUGUCUGCAGGGAGUGUGGGAGAGGUUUUAGCCAGAUGUCAGAUCUCAUUACACACCAGAGGACACACUCAGGGGAGAAGCCCUAUGUCUGCAGGGAGUGUGGGCAAGGGUUUAGUCGGAAGUCACACCUUGUCACACACCAGAGGACACACUCCGGGGAAAAACCCUAUGUCUGCAAGGAGUGUGGGAGAGGAUUUAGCCUGAAAUCGACCCUCAUUAUACAUCAGAGGACACACUCAGGGGAGAAGCCCUAUGUCUGCAGGGAGUGUGGACGAGGCUUUAGUCAGAAAUCACACCUCAUUAUACACCAGAGCACACACUCAGGGGAGAAGCCCUAUGUCUGCAGGGAGUGUGGACGAGGCUUUAGUCAGAAGUCAGUCCUCAUUACACACCAGAGGACACACUCCGGGGAGAAGCCCUAUGUCUGCAGUGAGUGUGGACGAGGUUUUAGUGCUAAGUCAAACCUCAUUAAACACCAGAGGACACACUCAGGGGAGAAGCCCUAUGUCUGCAGGGAGUGUGGACGAGGUUUUAGCCAGAAAUCAAACCUCAUUAAACACCAGAGGACACACUCAGGGGAGAAGCCCUAUGUCUGCAGUGAGUGUGGACGAGGCUUUAGUCAGAAAUCAAACCUCAUUAUACACAAGCGGACACACUCAGGAGAGAAGCCCUAUGUCUGUAGGGAAUGUGGACGAGGCUUUAGUCAUAAGUCAUACCUCAAUAUCCACCAGAGGACACACUUAGAGGAGAAGCCCUAUGUCUGCAGUUAA